AUGAGGGAUGAGAUGGAGGUGACGAGGGACGGUCAAGCGAUGGAAGUGGCGCGGUUCGUGGUGAUGGUGAUCAUGGAGGGUUGCACCAUCGGAUUGACCAUCUUGGCGAAGACGGCCAUGUCGAACGGCGUGAGCCCUUUCGUCUUCGUCCUCUACACGAAUGCUCUCGCUUCCCUCAUCCUCCUCCCCUAUUCCUUCGUCUUCCAUAGAGACAGAACAGAGGAAGCAGCCAUCACCCGGACUCUACUCUUGCGUCUCUUCUUCUUGGGUUUAACUGGGAUAACCAUAACUCAGUACCUCGCCUUCAUCGGCCUAGAUUUCAGUUCUCCGAUUCUUGUUUGUGCAAUGGGACACUUGGUUCCGACAUUUUCCUUCCUCUUGGCCUUACUACUCAGGGCGACAAAGCUAGACUGGAGAAGCUCAAGCAUCCGAGCGAAAGUAAUCGGUACCUUUAUUUCAGUUGUGGGGGCAGUAUUUGUUGAUCUCUAUAAGGGACCUGUCGUCAGUAGAUCUUCAGUUUCGUCCCCCGAUCGACUUCAAUAUCGGCAACUAUUCGUCUACUCCUCGAUGCCUGAGCAUUGGGCUGUUGGUGGCAUUUUGCUCGCUGGUGCAUCUUUAUCUGUCUGUAUAUGGAACAUCAUUCAGGUUGGAACAUUGACGCAAUACCCACAAGUGAUGAAGGUGGUAUCUUUCUACAGUUUAGUUGGGACUCUUCAAUGUGCAGCAGUCUCUUUUGCUGUAGAGAGAAACCUAAGCGCAUGGAAGCUAAAACUGGAUUUGAAGCUUCUCUUGAUAAUUUCAACCGCGAUUUUCGGAGGAGUAAUUCGGCCCCAAGUUCAAAUAUGGUGCACUCAAGCAAAGGGUCCUUUCUAUGUUCCCAUGUUUAAGCCGUUUGGGAUCCUGUAUGCAUGCUUCUUCGCUGUUUGCUUCUUUGCAAAUAGCCUUCAUUAUGGAAGCGUCAUAGGAGCAUUCAUAAUAGGAAUAGGAUAUUAUUCAUUGAUGUGGGGACAAAUCAGAGAGGGCGAAGCACGCGACGAUCAUGACAACAGAAAUGGGGAUUCUCAUGAUAACAAGGUACCCCUUUUGCAAGAUGAGACUCAAGUCUAG